CGCAAGUCACGUGCCUCAGUCGCAAUCGCAAAGCAGCAAAAUCUGAGAGCCGAGCCGGCUCUGCUCUUUCUUCAUUUUCUUUUUCUUCUUCGCCAAUUUGUUUCUUCUUUGUUCUUGGAAACCCGAGAUCUCUGCAAUGUUGAUUCUGUUGUUCUGAUCUUUCGAGAGAAGAUCAUACCACAGAUAAGAAGCAAUUGCUCCAACUGAAGCAGGGAAAGGUGGGGGGAGGGGGGAAUGGCGGGAUUUGCGUUGUCCUCGGCGUUUGAUUCGAAAUCGGGGCAGUUGAUAUUGGUAGCUCUGCUGGUAAUGGCCGGCUCAUUCUACACAGGGACUCUCUUUGGCAGCAAUUCCUCCAUUUAUGUUUCUCAGCUUUCCUCCAAUUCUUCCUCUCCUGGUUUUUCAUCAUUUACAAACAAAGUUGCUCUCAUUUAUAGGAAAACACCACUGUUGAUCCCGGAAGCAGGGAUUGAUGUAUGUCCGUUGCUGUUCAAUGAAUACAUCCCUUGCUAUAAUCUUUCUUAUAUAAAGGAUCUUCCGAAUUUAGAUUUUUCGAAACGAGAAGAACUGGAGGGGCAUUGCCCUCCACCUGAAAAGCGUUUGUUUUGCUUGGUGCCACCACCGGAAGACUAUAAGAUACCAAUAAAAUGGCCAACUAGUAGGGAUUAUGUGUGGCGAAGCAAUGUGAAUCAUACACAUCUUGCUGAAGUCAAAGGAGGACAAAAUUGGGUGCAUGAGAAGAAUCAGCUAUGGUGGUUCCCAGGUGGUGGUACUCAUUUCAAGCAUGGAGCUCCUGAGUACAUUCAGAGGUUAGGAAACAUGACAACUAAUGAGACAGGUGAUCUACGUUCUGCAGGUGUUGUUCAAGUUCUAGAUGUUGGUUGUGGGGUUGCUAGCUUUGCAGCAUAUUUACUUCCCCUAGAUAUACAAACAAUGUCCUUUGCUCCCAAAGAUGGUCACGAAAAUCAAAUUCAGUUUGCUUUAGAGCGUGGAAUUGGUGCAAUGAUUUCUGCAUUAGCUACAAAGCAACUACCAUACCCCUCUAGGUCCUUUGAAAUGGUUCAUUGUUCAAGGUGCCGUGUUGAUUGGCAUGAGAAUGAUGGCAUUUUACUCAAAGAAGUGGAUCGACUUUUGCGACAUAAUGGGUAUUUUGUCUAUUCGGCUCCACCUGCUUAUAGAAAGGAUAAGAAUUACCCCAUGAUUUGGGAUAAGUUGGUGAAUCUAACUUCGGCAAUGUGCUGGAAACUGAUUGCACGCAGAGUUCAGACUGCAAUUUGGAUUAAACAAGCUAAUCAGUCUUGCCUCCAGUACAACUCAGAGCAGAAGGUCUUAAAUAUAUGUGAUGUGGUGGCUGAUUCUAGCCCAUCAUGGAAAAGGCCCCUGAGGAACUGUAUUAGGCUCAAUGGUGUUCAAUCUGAUUCUCAGAAACUCCCUCCAAGGCCUGAACGUCUUUCAGUAUAUUCGGAGAGUCUCAGUGGUGUUGGUGUCAACCAAGAGAAAUUUGUUUCUGAUUCAAUCUUUUGGCGGGAUCAAGUUCGUCAUUACUGGAAACUUAUGAAUAUCAGUAAGGCAGAUAUACGAAAUGUAAUGGACAUGAAUGCUUUCUGUGGUGGGUUUGCUGUAGCAUUGAAUACCUUGCCCGUUUGGGUGAUGAAUGUGGUUCCUGCGAGCAUGAAUAAUACCCUGUCUGCUAUUUAUGACCGGGGUUUGAUAGGUGCUUUUCAUGACUGGUGUGAGCCAUUCUCAACAUACCCACGCUCAUAUGACUUGCUGCAUGCUGACCAUUUAUUCUCCCACUAUAGUAACCUUGCAGAAGGUUGCUUUCUGGAAGAUAUUUUGCUGGAGAUGGACCGUAUUCUACGACCUCAGGGGUUUAUAAUUAUUAGAGAUAAUGAAUCUAUUAUAUCCCGAAUCAGAAACCUUGCUCCAAAAUAUCUUUGGGAGGUUGAAUCUCAUUCGCUGGAAAAUGUACAAAAGAAUUUGGAGCCUAUGCUAAUUUGUAGAAAGAAAUUCUGGGCAAUCAUCUGAGGCAUACCAGUGCAAAGUUCUGUUGUCUCAGGUUUUUAUUUCAAGCUGUUAAUGUUGCUUGUAUCAUGAGUCUUGACCUUUUUUUUCCUGUUUGUGCAUAUGCUUAAUGAACUUGUAGAAUGAAGCCCGGUUAUAUGUGUUUUCAAUUCAUUCAUUGCACCAAGCAGUUCACUUGUAUAUGUUUAAGAGAUGGGUUUUGCCGACAUAAAUCCAUUCUUUUACCUGUCAGCAGGUUACAGGAAAUUUUGUUUCUCUAUGGUUCAAGUGACAAUACUGUAACUGGUUAACAGCGCAAUAGUUCAAACAAAUGAAAGAAUCAUUCUUUUA